CACGUAGGAACCGUGGACCCGUGAAUUCUUGUUUACAUUGGUGAACCAUCGGAGUACAGGUGUAUGGUGCACCAUUCUGUCAUUUGUAUAUUGGUUACAGUGCUUGUUUUAUGUACACUUAAGCAAAAGCAUAACCGAUAAGCUUGGAAGCUUAACCUCAGAUCAUGAAUAAAGGCAGUAAUAACACUAUUAUAAUCAAUGAGGUUAGCCAGACAAUCAAACGAGAGCCUUCUGCCUGCAAAAUUUCUGGCCAAACGCCAGUUUGUGAGUCUGGCAGACCUUCAGUAUCAGAAUCUAAUCAAGAUGCAGUUGUUGGAGUAUCAAAUUAUCAGAGUUCAAGACCAACUAAUUCAACUGUUACAAAUACCUACCACCAUGUUGGUGAUAAAUGCAUUCAAGUUUCAUCUACCACAGAGGAUUCUUCUUAUCCUCAAGUUGGCAGUAUUGAUAGCAGAACUAUGACAGUUAACUCAGGUUAUCAUAACAAUGUUGCUGGUAAUGGAAGACCUGUCACUUCGGCUGUAGAAUAUCCUCACUCUGCAAGUACCAAUGAUAGGGCGGCUGUUUCUGUCAAUUCUGUCUAUCAUAAUUCUGGUGGAGGAAGUACUACCAACAACAACAACAUUGCAACUUCAUAUCAGCAUAAUAAUACUGCUGGGUCGAGUGGAGGUGGAAGUGCUGGGACAAAUGUAGUUACUUCAGGAACAACAAAUUUGCCAUCUAACUACCAGGAAAGUGGAGGAGGAAGUGGAAUUUCAUCUAGUUAUCAUCUCCAUCAUGGUAGUGGAGUUGUCCCUAGUAAUGGUGGUACAAUGGGACAGGUUAAUGCUCCACCACCUGGUUAUUAUUAUACCCCAAUACUUAACUCACAACAGACUUUGUUGAGACCAAUCAUGGCAGCCCAACCUCCACUGUAUUCACCACUUCUUACACCGCAGCAGCACACCUAUCCAAUGCCACAUGCUUCUCCUUCAGCAGGUUCAUCGUAUUUUACAACCCUUACGGAGAGUAUGCGUGGAACCCUAACUGACAUCAUACCUGGAACAGCUGAUAAUGCAUACAAAGAUACUAGCCAACCUGGAAGACAAGGUGUAGGGUUAGGGCAUGGUGGUAAAGCAUGUGAUCUUCCUGACCCUCGUCACUAUGCCAUGGAAAUGUGCCAGCGUCGUCUGCAGCCAGAUGGGGGUUACAAUUCUUCUCCAUACCCACCUUGUGGAGGAGAGGUUACAAGACCUCCUGAUCAGAGAAACUUUGAUGACUAUUCUCGCAUGAGUACAUAUGGUGAAGAUGGGUCAGGGCGAAACUGGGAUGGAAUGGGAGGUUGUGGAUCAGGAACAUCUGGACGAUCUGCUGCACCACCUAACCAUAUAGCACACCCGUAUACAUAUUCAUAUGCUGAUUGUCGAUUAGAUGUUACCUGGAAUAAGUGUGUUCCAGGAAUGAGUGUUGGAACAAUGGGAGGUUCUUCAGUAAGUGGAGAAAACUUCCAUUCUCAGGACAACCAGGUAGAUACUUCUCAAGUCAAGGUCUCUCCUCGCUGUUCUGGUCAUGCUAUUCCCGUCAACAUGAAUAUGGGAGUCGCCACAGGAGAUUCAUCAGUAUCACGCUCUCAUUAUGAUUAUGGUAGUCAAAUUCCACCCUUAUUUCCAUACCUCACACCUCUCAAUUACCAGCAGGUUUCUGAAAACCGCUUAGAAGGACGCCCUGAACAACGGACAAAUACCAGUCGCUCAAACACUCAGUUAUGUGAAAAUCAAGUAAAUCAAAAUAGUACAAGGCAACUUGAGCAUGUACAUCAGUCAUCUGAUAUGAAAAUUACAAGUGUUAAUGUUCCUGCCUCAGCACAAACAUCCACGACUACUUAUUCUCAUACCUCAACACAGCAUAGUGUUGAAACAAGUUCUUCAUCUGUUUCUAUCAAUUCACAAGAAUGUCUUCAACAGCCAAAGGCAGUAUCUGGUCAUCAUGUACAACACUGUGCACACCCGACAUACAAGAAAGAAACAACAGAUGAAGAAUCAGCCAGCAAAUGUCAGUCUUGUGAAUUGAGUGCUAUGACUGAAAGAGACCAUCAUUCUGAAACAACAGCUGUAACAGCACCCACUGUACCAUCAGUACCAUGCUCUGUUGUAGUUGCAGAGGGCACAAAGCAGGGAACCCCUGCCCAAAAGAAAGACCAAGAUUCAUCAACAUCGUCGUCAGUUGCUGGCAGUAGCACGCUUUGUCUCAUAUGUGAUGCAUCUGUUACUAAAAGUGAUGGUGUGCAAGAGAAAAGGAGUAAUGUUGAAGCUAGUGCACCAACUAAAUCACAUUCCAUGGAUACUCUAACCACUGUCAUGUCAAAAGUAAGUGUUGGAGAAAAACUUGGUGCUCUACUUGGGAUUAUUUUGCCUAGAGAUAUUCUCCAUUCCACUGCUAUUUGCAGCAAGUGCUUCCACCUUGUUAAUGAGUUAGACAUGUUGGAGCACCGUCUUGCACAUUACAGGAAGUACAUUAUAACCAAAGUAGAAAAUACCAGUGAAAAAUAUGGGACAAGAUUGGCUAAUUACAGGAAGUUACAUCAGCAGCAUCAGCAGCAGCAACACGUUCAUCAGCAACAACUACAUCAACAUCAUCAGCAACCACAACAGCAGCAGCAGCAGCAACAUCAUCACCAUCACCACCACCACCACCACCAUCAACAUCAGCAGCAGCAGCAGCAGCAACAGCAGCAGCAACAUCAGCAGCAGCAGCAGCAGCAACAACAACAGCAGCAGCAACAGCAAAUGAUGAUGCACUAUCAGAACUCCCAGGCACAACAGCAGCAUAUUCAUCAGCCUGUGCAGUUGGAACAGCACAACCAACAACAACCUUUGCAUCAGUUACAAAAUGCUCAACAUCUCAGUUCUGUUCAACAGCAGCAUCAUUUACAUCAACAUGUUGGCCAACAUGUACUGAAUCAAAUGCAGAGCCAUCAAAUGUAUAUAUCUCACCAGCAACAUCAGCAUCAACAGCCUCAAUUGACUUAUCAAGAGCAGCAGCAGCAACAGCAGCAGCAGCACCACCAAAAGACACAGUCAAUUCAAGAAGUGGUAUCACAGAAUGUUCAGCAGCAAGAAGUCAUCAGUCAUGUAACACAACAAGAAGUCACACAGAAUGUUGCACAACAGGAAGUUGUUGUCACUCAGAAUACUACUGCCCAUUCUGAGCAACCGCCUUCACAGCCAUCACAGCCAUCACAGGCUCCAGUGAGCAAGCAAAGCACCAGUGAUGCUAAUAAUAUUGGUUUUGGUGAUUGUGAUAUUGAUAUUGAGGAUUGUGAAUGCAAUCUCAUCAGUGAAUCACAAGUAACAUCAAAAGAAGCCUCGGGUAAGGAGGGCAUACAAAAUGAUGAUGCAUUAAAAAAAGACUCAGAAAUGGCGACAGUGCCCUCCAAUUCUUGUAAUCAAGCCAAUUCUGAAUAUGAAGAUAUUAACUCUGUAAAUAGUGAACCACAGCCAAGUGAAAAAUCUGGGCAAGGAUGUAGCCAAGUUUGUGUUGAGGACAACCAAGGACAGAAUAAUGAAGGUGAUGUUACUGAGAAUAGCCAUUCUGUAGAGGAGGAAGCAAAGGAAGUUACUGCUACCAAUGACUCGCCUGUUGAUCCUACGUAUGUAGUUGAGGAUGAAUCUAGGAAGAUUGAGGAUGCCACAGAAUAUCAUAAACCCACAUUGUUGACUAAGAAUAUCAAAGCAAAAAAACAUGCAAAGCUGCAGAUUUGCCGUCAGUGUGAUCAAGUUUUUUCAAAUCGCCAAGCUUUAGUAAGACACAUUGAACGUAGACACAAAGCAUAUGCAUUCCACUUUAGUUGCGAUACUUGCCAUAAAAAGUUCAGUUCAGAAAGAGCUUUAACUAGGCAUGUUCAACUUCACAAAACAUACCAGUGUAAACUUUGUGAUAACAUCUUUUUGAGAAAGGCUAAAUUAAAAAAGCAUCUAGAAAAUCAUGCUCAAGAAAGUUUGAGCUGCAAAACUUGUUCAAAAGAAUGUAGCUCUUUACAGGCAUUAAUUUCUCACAUGAAAGCCCAUACCAAAAAGAAAAAUGUCUUCAAAUGUGAUAUUUGUGCAAAAAUAUUAGCUAAUAAUCGUAAUUUGAAAGAGCACAUGAAAGUUCACACAGGUGAACAGCCUUUUGGAUGUGAUAACUGUGGUCGCCGAUUCAGCCAUCGUAGUAAUAUGCAGGCUCACCAUGAUAUCUGCACAGGUCGUUUCCGAUAUAAGUGCCAAGUGUGUGGGAAGGGUUUUGCUCUAGAAUCUGUUUAUCAGCGACAUUUAGGUGAACACAAAGGUCAGUAUGCUUAUUGCUGCUCUGUCUGUGGUAGAGGUUUUAGUAAAGCAUCAGGAUUACAGGCACACUUGCCCAUUCAUAGCAGUCAAAGACAGACUUACACUUGCCAAGUGUGUAGCUUGACCUUUGCAUCAAUAUCAGGUUAUAAUUCCCAUGUAGCACGUCAUUCUGGAGAAUGUGGGUACGUUUGUCCUGUGUGUGGGAAGACUAUAAUCAGGCGGUCAGACCUGAAGGAUCAUUUGCAUCGACAUGCAGGAAAUAAAACUCAUACAUGUCGUUUAUGUGAUGCAACCUUUUAUUACAGGACUAAUAUGAAUCACCACGUCCGAACUGCCCAUCGUCUUUUGCGUCCAUACACCUGUAAAAUCUGUGAUAAGUCAUUUAGUUCUAGUUAAAUAUAGUCUCAUAUUCGUAUUCAUACAGGUGAAAAACCUCACCAGUGUAAAUCUUGUGGAAAGACUUUUAGUCGUAAAGGUAAUUAUAAUAGACACUUGAAAUGCCAUGUGACUCAAGGAAUGGCACCAUUAGAUGGAGAGACAGAAUAAUUUUUAAUUUAUCUAAAGACUUUUUGGAUGUACAUUGUAUAUAUUUCAGAAAUUUAUUUGUGAUAUUAAUAUAACACCGAAAUUACAUUUAUUAAAACUUUCGUUUGGAGUGAAAUCAGGUACAGUACUGUAAGUACUUGUGUUUGUUCAUAUGCGGAACAAACCCUCUGUCUUAACAAUAGGAUAAAUCUUGCACCAGUUGGAAACUGGUUAAAACAAUAAAAGAUUGUAGGGCAAGGAAUCUGUGAGAUCUGGCAACUUAUGCGUGUAUGAGGUGGGAGUUGGUCACCAACCACGCACCGCAUCUCGUGAUGCAUCAGUCUUUCUUUGAAUGCCUGGGAAAGUAGACACUUUGCGCUCCUUCCAAGCCGGUUGCUUUGUGCCCGUGUUUCUAUUUCUUUUUCAGUUGUGUUUGUCAUGGAGUCCCCCAAGUCUUCACGGCCUCGUAAACGCAUGUGCCCGGGCGUUCAGGGGUUCCCAUGCUACAGGUUUUUGGUGGCUACGGUUAUUACAGAUCCCCAUACGACUUGCAGUAGGUGCCGAUCUAAUUAUUGCCAAUCUGAUCCCUGCCCGGAAUGUCGUGCCUGGGCUAAGUUCGCAGGAGGU